UAGUAGUAAACUAAUAAUUCGACAGACACGUGGUUAGAGGUUAUAUUGUUUAAAAAAAGUUUUAAUUGUUAAUAAAUUAAUUAAUUCAUUUUUUGAAAAUGCAACACGACGAUGUUGUUUGGAGUAUAAUCAACAAAACAUUUUGUUCAUUUAAAAGCAAUACAAAGACUCAAAGAUUUUGUAGAAAUGAGUACAACUUGACAGGUUUUUGCAGCAGGGCUUCAUGCCCUCUGGCUAACAGUAGAUAUGCUACUGUACGAGAGGAGUCUGGUAUUAUUUACCUGUACAUGAGAACAGCUGAAAGAAUACACGAACCGAAGAAUCAGUGGGAGAAAGUAAAGUUGUCGAGGAAUUUUGAAAAAGCAAUCCACCAGAUAAAUGAAAAUUUGCUGUACUGGCCCGGGUUUAUAAAGUCCAAGUGUAAGCAGAGAUUUUUGAAAAUAACUCAAUAUUUAAUUCGUAUGAGAAAAUUGAAGCUGAGGAGACAGAAGAAGAUUGUGCCGUUGCAGAGGAAAAUUGAGAGGAGAGAAACUAGGCGAGAAGAAAAGGCGCUUAUUGCUGCUAAACUUGAGACGGCUAUCGAGAAAGAACUUAUGGAGAGACUUAAGAGUGGAAUGUACAAUGAUAUUUACAACUUCCCGCAAAAAGUAUUCGAUAAAGCUGUCGAAGCUGUUGAAGUUGAAGGCGACAGUGAAGCUGAAGCUGAAGAUGAAACUGACGCUGAGGAAGAAACAGAAAUUGAAAAGGAGCUUGAACAAGAAUUGGAAGCUGAUGAUAUGGAGAUGGAAGAAAAUGGUGACUUGUUUGUUGAAGCAGAUAGUGAUGACGACGAUGAUGAUGAUGAUGAUUAUGAUUAUGAAGAGGAAAGUGACGGAGAAUCAGGACAGGUAGAACAAGUAGAGCUUUCCGACGACUUUGAGUCCGACGCAAGUGACAUCGAGGACGCAACUCUUCCCUCGACGAGUAAGAAGCCUAAAUUGUCCAAACAAAAGAAAGACAAGUCCAAGAAACCGAAACGACCGCGUGUAGAAAUUGAAUAUGAAAUAGAAGACGAGCCACGACAAAGAUUACGCGCUUAAUUUUUGUCACUUAGUUAUGAAAAUAUAUAAUAAUAAUAUUUUUUACUCUAAAAA